CGAGACACUGGGAUAUAUCAUUAAAACUGGGACUGCUCCGGUUAAAUCAGAACGAAUGGCAAGCCUACUUUAUACAUAUUGGAAAAUGUGUGGUUAUGACGUUAUGAUAGCCGCCAUUUUCGUUUGUAUUGUCCCGUUCAAAAUUUUAAUAUUAUUAGGUUAAAUUUUCAAUAAACAAAAAAAGCGAAUAGUUUAUUAGAAAUUUGUAAUUUUUCUCAACAUAAACAUUGGUUCUUAUAUCUUUAAUUUUUUUUUCUUAAUCCUUUAAACAUUGAGUAAAUAGGGAACUAUAUUGUUGACGUCAGCCAUCUUUGUUGAUAAUAAAUAUCCAGGAAUCUCGAUUUACACUCGUUUACUAUCAGAUGUGUGUGAAAAUUUGGAGAUUUGCUUGGUUAAUUAGUUAUUUGAUAAGUGUAUGAUUUCCCAAAAUUCUCGUUUAUAAUCCAGAUUGAGUUUUACUAUUGUCCGUUGACGUUAGUGAUAAUGUCAAGUAAUGAAGAAGUUCCAAAUCAGCCAUCUACAUCUGAGCAAAUCAGCACUUCCGAGCAGCCUACUGAACAGAGUGCUCUUGAAGUCAAUGCCAAUGCUGGAUCAUUGGAAGUUUCUGAAGAUAAAUCUUCAGUGUCCGAUGAAUACAUUCGUCUGCGUGUGAUCACCAGUGAGAUGACUAAUGAAGUUCAUUUUCGUGUUAAGUCUGCCACUACUUUGGGCCGCCUCAAACGUUCUUAUUGCAGCAAAUUAGGAUUUCAAGUAGAUGAAUUGCGUUUUGUAUUUGAUGGGCAUCGAAUCACCGAUGAUGAUACACCAAAAUCUUUGGGUAUGAUCAAUGAUGAUGUUAUAGAAAUAUACCAAGAAAGAUCAGGUGGUAUGUAAUGUCCAAGCACAUUAAGAUAUUUAAUUUUAAAAUUCACUUAUCUACUGAUGUGUCCUUAAAAUUUAUUUCAUAUUUUGAUAAAUAUGG